AGUUGGAACCCAAUCCUUAAACCCUUGUAAAGCCCUACAUCUUGAUUUCCAACAAAUUGGAAGAAAAUGGACGCAAUAGCAGCAGCUGAAGAGAGGAUAGUUUCAGAAAGAUUAAGGCAAAAACUCAACGAAGUUAACAGAGCUGCCCAAACCCAAUUCGCCGGCAUUCAAGACCACGUUGCUUUCACUCUUCAGCAAGCUUAUUACAGAUGUGCUUACGAAUGCUUUGAUAGGAGAAGAAAUCAAGAGGAGAUAGGGCGAUGUGUGGAGCAUUGCAGUGUUCCUGUGCACAAUGCUCAGAAUCUUUUCCAGAAUGAAAUGGCCAAGUUUCAGGAAAGACUGAACAGGUCUCUAAUGGUGUGCCAAGACAAGUUUGAGAGUGCCAAACUCCAGAAGAACAAAAGCAACGCCACAAUGGAACUGGAAUCAUGUGUUGACCAGUCAGUUCACGACAGCAUCAAUGUACUGCCCCAUCUUGUUGACAAACUAAAGGCUUCUCUCGGCAUCAAUAAUUGAAGAAGAUGUAGGUAGCAUCGCCAUGAAUUUGAGGUGAAAUGAGGGUUUUAUAUUUUAAUGUUAGUUUUCAUAAACAGUAUUUGCUUAGAUGAGUCUAAGUAAGGGAAAUCAACUCUACAAGAAGUAAUGAAAAAUGAAUUCAGCUUUGCAGACUAUAAAUCAGUUGCUCCUGGAAGUUGUUUACUUUAAGGACGAUUGUGCAUACAGAUUAUCAGUAAAAUAAAAUGUUCAGUCACUUUAUAC